AGUACUGUGUUUGGGCUCAUUUUGGCAGCCUGCAGUUCAGCCACAAUGUCUCCUGUCCCACUGAUCUUAUGGAUAGUUGUCCUAGCCCAUACUACUCUGGCAGUUAAUGUCUGUCCCCGACCACCCGAAAUACCAUUCGCUACCGUUGACAUAGACAAGGCAGAAUACUAUUCUGGAGAAGAAAUUACAUACCGUUGCAACACUGGUUAUAUUCCUCAGUCAGGCUCAAGGAGAUAUACAUGCCCUUUGAGUGGCAGAUGGCCUGCCAUCACAUUGACGUGUACACCAAGAAAAUGUCCAUUUCCUGACCCCUUGAACAAUGGAGACAUACUUCAUGCAGAUAUCAGCUACCAGAGUGUUAUAAGAUUUUCAUGCAAUCCUGGGUACAUUCUUCAAGGACCUACGACAAGUCAAUGUCUAGCAGAUGGGCAAUGGAGUGCAAAGCUACCUCAAUGCCAACCUGUGAUUUGUCCUCCACCUCCAGUUUCUGAAUUUGGAGCCCUUUCUUACCACAGGAAUAAUCCCGGAAACAUAUUCGUCUUCCAAGAUGUAAUCACAUUUGAAUGUUUAUCGCCUUAUGCUCUGUUUGGAAAUGAAACAGCCAGCUGUCUGUCCAAUGGGAACUGGAGUGAGCUACCAGAAUGCAGAUCUGUACAGUGUCCAUAUCCAGAAGCAAUAGAAAAUGGAUUUAUAAACUUUGCUCUUCGCAGAACGUAUAACUAUGCUGAGACCGUGACCUAUGGCUGUAAUCCAUCAUACGUGCUCGACGGAGCUACAGUAGCCAGGUGUGAAAAAACAGGCCACUGGUCACCAAAACCAACUUGCAGAGCACCGUGUAAAAUGCCUGCUAAAAAAGGAACAGUGUUAUACAAUGGGGAGAAAGUGAAAGUGAAGCAUCUCCAAAAUGGAAUACAACAUGCUGAGAUCAUCUGGUUUUUCUGUAAAAAUAAUGAACAACACUGUAGUUAUAAAGUAUCUACUCAGUGCGUGGAUGGCCAUCUUUCAGCCCCUGCCUGUUUCAAAGAACCUGGGAUCUUUUCCUUCCUGAAAACAGAGGUAGCAGACAUGACACCGUGUGGGAACAUUAACUGAAAAGUGCUAUCUCCAUGUCUAGUUGGAAAAAAACAUGCAUGUAAAUGAAGCAACAGUCGUUCCUAGAGCACAUCCACCUCCAGUGCAAGCAUAUCCCUACCAGCAUAUUUUAAACAGCCCUUUAAAAGUAGCUAUGUCACAUUUGCAUUUAAACUACUUAAUGUCUUGAUCAUUUUUUCUCAUGUUAUAAUUUUUUAAGAAACCUACUCUCAGGCUACUUACAGGCCUGGUUCAGACAACACGCUAAACCAUGCUGCUUAACCACAAAAUGGUUAAGGGAAUGUAUUAACCUUAUGCAUUCCCUUAACCAUUUUGUGGUUAAGCAGUGUGGUUUAGCGUGUUGUCUGAAUGGGCCACAGAGUAUAAGUAUGUAGGGGUUAACAUAUUGUCAAAGUAGCUUUACAACAGGUUCAAUCUAUGGAUGUAUCCAGAGCACGCCUAAUCAGAUUUUGAUGGAUGACUUUCCAUUCUUAAGACUUGAAGAUACGGACAAGAUUUGCGUAUUGUGGUUGAUUACAUCUGGCAUGAAGGUGAUAUCUGAGGGGGGGGGGGUUUGAAGUUAAACAUUUCUCUUUAAGAGAGGGAGGAGUCCCAGACUCCUCAAAGGAAGUGGUAACGUGGCCACUCCUGAUAAAGCCAUUUCUGGACCCAGAGGACUUAACUAUAAAUCAGUGGCCAACAUCUCCUUCAUGGGCAACUUACUUGAGACUGUGGUGUCCAGCCAGACCCAGCUGCUCUUGGAUGAACUUUUCUUUUUUAAUCCAUUUUAAUUGGUAUUGAAGCCUCAGUUUGGUACAGAAACCAUUCUGGUUGCCCUGUGGGAUGACCUAUGCUAAAAAAAAAAAAAAAAAAGAGAGAGAGAGAUGGGGGAAUGCAACCCUAUUAAGUUAUCCUGAACCUUUUGAUACUAUUGGCUAUGUUAUCCUUCUGGACGGAUUGUCAGAAUUGGGAGCAGGUGGGAAACCAACACAGUGGCUCCACUUAUAUUUGGACAACUGUUUCCAGAAUGUAGUAUUGGGGUACAUUUGCUUGGCCCCUUGGCAUUUAUGCUUUGGGCUCCCACAGGGUUUCAUCUUGUCUCUCAUACUGUUUAUCAUCUACAUGAAACAGCUUAGCAAGUUCAUCUCGAGAUUUAGAGUGCAAUGCCACCAGCAUACUGAUAACAUGCUGUUUCUCUCUUUUUUUGGAUCCCAAUGAAGUGGUGCACUAUACCUAACCACAGUAGUGGGCAGUCAAUCCUGAUAUGAUGGAGAUACUGUUGGUGGGUCAUUCAUCUGUCUAGGGUAAUGGUAUUUAUCCACCUCUGAAUGGGGUUGCACUCCCCCUAAAGGAUCAGGGGAGUUGUACAUCCAUGUUACUUGAGACACAAUAGUUCUUGGUGGCACAGGGUGCCUUAUACCACCAUAGUAAAUCCUAUGUUCUUACUUAGAUGAUGACAGCAUGGUCUCAGUGAUCCACGCUCUGAUAAUCUCCUGACUAGAUUACUGUAAUGUGUUGUACAAAGGUCUGCCUGAAACUUUGGUUAGUACAAAACAUAUCAGCAAGUGUAUUAUCUGGAACCAGAUGUUAUGAUUACAUUAUACCAGUUUGUUUCCAGGUUCAAUUCAGAAUGCAGGUUUUAACUUGUAAAGCCUUUCAUGGCUUCUGGCCAUAGUAUCUGAAGGCCUGUCUCUUCCCAUACGAAAUUCACCAGGUGCCUACUUCUGACCAGCCCUUUUAUGUGGUGGCCCGCUAACUGUGGAAUGCCCUCCUUAGAGAGGUCUGCCUGGCACUAACUUUAUUGACUUUUUCAUACCAGGUGAAGACCUUUUUAUUCUCACAAGCCUUUUAAAUACUUUUAGAACUGCAUCUUCAAACUGUCCUUUUUCAUGCUGCUUGGCUACUUAUCCUCCUCUUGAAUACAUUGUUUUAUUGCUGCUUUUAAAUUUCAGUAUUUAAGUGAUGUUUUAUUAUGUAAGUUGCCCUGAAAGCUUUGACUGUAAGUUGACUGAUAAGUGAAAUGAGGAAAGAUAGAUAUAUGAAGCAGCAAUAGUGUGUUGGUCUUUUCAUGUGAUCAUGAAACUAUUUUUGAUAAGUAACCACCUGUGCAAAUACAUACAAUAAAGCUAUCUAACCUUUA